AUGUUAGGCGGUGAUUUCAGACAGACCCUACCGGUCAUUCCACAAGGUAGUAGAGCUGAUACUGUAUUAGCUUCGAUAAGCCAUUCAUAUCUAUGGAAUAGCUGCCACAAGUUCUCUUUGAAAACAAAUAUGCGAGUCAAUCAGGAUGAGAAAGAAUUUUCUGAGUGGCUUCUCAAAGUCGGGGAAGGUCGUCUAGAAUCGGGACAAGCAUAUGAGGAUGAUGGCUACCAUGACCAAUUCAUAGAUAUCGAUGAAUCUUUGAUUUGUUGGAGUUUUGUUGACCCAUUAGAAGGAGUUGUUGAUGCCGCAUAUGGACCGAUAAGCAGCCCGAUGAAUUCCCAGACUUCCUAUACCGAUAAAGCUAUCCUCACUCCCCGUAAUGAAACCGUCAAUGAAAUCAAUGUUUACACCAUCUCACGGACCGACGGGGUAUCAAGGGACUACUUCAGCUCAGACAGCUUUGAGUUAUCAGAUACUACAUCAGAUCAAAAUGAUACACUAUACGCCGUUGAGUAUCUCAACUCAUUGGAAUUCUCGGGUCUGCCUUCGAACAAACUUACUCUGAAAGUUGGUGCCCCAGUUAUGCUUCUCAGAAACAUAAAUAAAAAAAUGGGAUUAUGCAAUGGUACGCGAAUGAUCCUAACACACGUUGGCGAACGCGUUCUGAAGGCCGAGAUAACCACUGGCUCACACAUUGGAAAAGAGGUCAUGAUCCCAAGGAUUGUACUUUUGUAUGAUGAAACAAAGUUACCGUUCACAUUACGGCGUCGGCAGUUUCCUAUCAGAUUGUGCUACGCAAUGACAAUCAACAAAAGUCAAGGCCAGAGCUUAAAAGAGGUCAUCUUAUAUCUGCCUAAACCGGUUUUCUCUCAUGGUUAA